GCCAUGCCACUGCACCGAAUGCUCCAAAGCCUUGGAACUUGAGCCCCCUUCAAAUCACUCCGAUAAGCUAUUACCAUCACAAGCUCCAGUGACCAAUUCCAUUGCUGACUGCCACCACCGCAAGCCUUGCACCUUCGCCUGUAUCUCGAUCUCUCCCUCCCCGAGCCAUCUUCCACUCUUGGUACCUUCGUCAGCUCACUGAUACCCCACUGAUCUCAAGCUCAUCAGGAUAUGAAGAUUUUCGGUUGGGUGGCGAACAAGAUCGGCGGGAAGCAAGAAUCCAGGCGAUCUGCCAAUUCUACCGCGCCAUAUCGCGCUAACGUGUCGGAAUGCCGCAAGGAUGAAUUCAGUGAUUGGCCCCAAUCAUUGCUUGCCAUUGGGACAUUUGGAAAUAAGCAGAUUGAGAAGGUAGCGCAGAGUUCCUCCGGGAAUGUGCAGACCAUGAAAGAUUCAGUGAAGUUUACAGAGGAGGAAGUAGACAAGAUACGGAAAGAAUUCGAAGUGCUGCUAGAAAGCAAUAAUCAAGCAGAAGUUCAGGGAUCAUAUGAUGAUGAACAGGUAGCUUCACAAAAACAUGUUGGUGAAGACGACAAUGAGAAGUACCGGGAGCACUUGAUCAACAAGGAGAUCAUCGUAAGUAAAGCGAGAGAAAUAGUCGGAAAGAAAGGGAGUGCACUUAAGCCGAGAUCGAUUGCUUCACUCCUCAAAUUAUUCGCGUGCAAGGGUGGUUUUACCUCCACGGUUCUAGAACCAAGGAACUCUUUCCCUCAAUCUAGAAUGGAGAAGCUACUCAGGGCAAUACUGCAGAAGAAAAUACACCCAAAAAAUUCCUCCAUGCUAGUAACCAGGAGGCAUUUGGACUGGAAGCCAGAUGAGAAAGAAAUCAAUGGGUGCCUUGAGGAUGCGCUACGUGAUCUUGAUGAAGAUGGUGCAAAAUGGGUCAAAACUGAUUCAGACUUUAUCGUGCUUGAGAUGUAAAGGUGCGCGGUUGCGUGAAUAUGUUUGUUCUCUUAGGCCAGGUUCCUAAGGACUUGGCAGGCUUGGAGGUUUAUGGUGCUAUGAUAAAUAGAAGUGUAUGAUAUAGUGAGCAAUGAAGCUAUCAUCAUGUAAUGCUCCUCCGUUUCUGACAUGAACCAUAUGUAAUUUGGACUAUGAUAAGAAACUUCCGGAACAAAACCCUACUCCAUGUCUGCUUCUCUCUUUGGCUACGAGAUUGUAAAGAAGACAUUCAAUUUUUCAAGUACCAUUGCUUGUUCUGAA